AUGUCGAAGAGGAACACACUGGAGAGGGUGCAAGGGGGAAAGGAGCCCUUCUACAUCAUUGUGGUUCCAGCGGUGGUCCCAGGAUGCGCGGCAGGCUUGGUACUCCUGGGGCUUUCCCUGAGGCUUAGGGCUGUCAUUGCUUGGCCAGAAGAUGACAGCUUUUGUUCUAAGAGCCAGGUAGCCUUCAGAGAGGCUUGCUAUGAACUUGUACCACUCAGACGCACCUUCCGCAAUGCCCAGAGCUGGUGUGAAGGCCAAGGAGGCCAUUUGGUCUUCAUUCGAGAUGAAAGUAUGCAGCACUUUCUGCAGCAGCACCUCUCCCAGGACAGAGAGUGGUGGAUUGGGCUCACAGGGACCUCAGCGCUCAAUGGGACCACAAAAGGCCCCGGGACCUGGUUGGACACCUGCAAUGUGAGCUUCAGCAACUGGCAGCCACGACAGGCGGGUCCCGCUGGCCACGCAUGCGGCUACAUCAGGAGAGGCUGCUCCGCCGAGUGGGAAGCCACAGACCGCUGCGCCCAGGCCUUCGCCUUCAUCUGCCAGUUCGAGGUUGGCCAGAGCCUGGCGUGUGAAGGCCUCAAUGCCACCAUGCACUGUGGCUCCGGGGAGGUCAUCCAGGUCCAGGACGCUAUCUAUGGACAUCAGACCCCUCAUUACUGCCGCCAGGAUGCGCCGUGGGCCUCGGACCCAGAGGAGGACUGCAGUUGGGUCAGCGUCAGGGAUGAGGUGGCAGGCCAGUGCCAGGGGCUGCGCGGGACCUACUUUGGAGACCUAUGUCCCAAUUGGGGCAGCUACCUGUGGGUGCAGUGCCAGUGCCGGGAAGAGCUGUGGCUGCUGGUGUCCAACGAGAGCUUCAUCUUUGACAAUGUCACCAUCUCUCUGACAUGGCUCCUUUCUCCCUACUCUGGAAACCUGUCCUGCAUCCUUAGUAUGGGAGAUGGCCACACCCUUGAUCCCUACUACCCCUCCAGCUUGUCCAGCACCGUGAGGCACCAGUUCGUGUGCCCCGGAGAAUUCACUGUGUUUGCUGAGUGCACAAGCAGUGAGUGGCAUGUGACAGCUCAGAAGCAAGUGAUGCUACUAGACAAGAUGGAGAGGCUCAGCGUCACUGGGUGCCCCCACCUGUCCAGCUCAGAAGCUGGCCCUCUCUGCAGGGUUGUCUUUGGGGACCUUCUGUGGAUUCAGGUGGAGCUUGAUGCAGGAACAGGGGUGACUUACACUGUGCUCUUGGGUAACAUAACCCUGGCUGAGUCCACCACCGGACUCCAGUGGGGCGCUCUGCCCUACAACCUGACCCUGGAUGGAGACACUCAGGACCUGCUGGGCCCUGGGCGGCAAUGCCUGGAGAUCCAUGCCCGAAGCAACAGCUCCAGCUCUGCGCCCUCCCAGAACCUCUCUAUCCAGCUGGUGGAGCAACUGUCGGGGCUGCAGGCCUCCUGGGGUUCUACCCAAGUGGAGCUUGGACAGGACCUGUUGACCAACAACUCCGUGGCUCAUGGCACCCUGGAGGGGCUGACCUUUGAGGUGACAGGACUCAAUGCCAGCUUCUCCCAUGAGGAAGAGAGCUUCAGGGAGCCAUCUGGGACUCACCAGGUGGCACUUCCCGUUGAAGGCACCUUUCUGGUCACUGUGUUGGUGAGGAGUGCCUUCUCCAACUUGAGCUUGGAGAUGGGAAGUGUCAUGGUCACAGGCAAGGAGUCUCUGCUGCCAGGACCACGCGUCCAGGGCACUGCACAAGAUCUCCUGCGAUGCCCUUCACAAAGGGCACCAAAAUGCACACUGUGUUCUGCAGACACUCAGAAUUCUCUGCAUGGUACCAAGAUGGCCCAGGUCUGGUCCUCAUCCCGAGGAGAGAGAGCAGCCUCGCUGGGGAUCUGCAGCACAGGUCUGGGGCUCCUCAUCUGGUCCUCACCCAGUGCUGCUGACCACUGGGACCUGGUGCUCCGAUGCGUUGCCCCAGGGUCACGGGUGCACCCAGUGAGGUCACUAACCACGGGGGCCACUCACCAGCAGCUGCUUCCUCUGCAGAGAGACAAAGGGCAUGCAGAGCUGUACGAUGACCCCGGUCUGUUUGUGGAUCCUUUCACUACCAUCACGCUGGGCUGGCCAGAGGAUGACAACUGGCAUUACUUCCGCCUGACAUUCUGGUGUCAGGCCAGCCAAGCUCUAUACCUCACCAGCGAGGCCCUGUUGACAGCAAGUGCCACAGCCCACCCUGAGGACCAGAGGCACCAGGUGGCCAUCAGGGACCUGCUUGUGGCUGUGGGAAGUGUACUGGAUGCGUCCCUGAGCUAUAGACCUGGGGAGACCAGCGCCAGACAGGCAGCCACAGUGGCCCGGCUGCUCGGGGUGGCAGAGUGCGUGCAGACCACCCUCUUGCUGGGCGCAUUGCCUGGGGGACUUGCGGCCACUCUGGCCACCCCCUCCAUCUCUUUGUACACAAACAGGAUACUGCCUUGGAGCUGGCGAGGGACCUCCCUGCAUGUUGCUGCUGCUAACUCUGCGGCCUUCACUCUGCCCACUGGCCCCCUCUGCUCCCCGGAGCACCCACAGGAGCCGGUGAACAUCAGGACGAUGAGCUUCCCAAAAAGCCCCUUUCCGACAGGAGGCGGCUUUGAUGUCAGCAGAACUGUGGGCGGUCUGAGUCUGAGCAGCCCCAGGGCAAGGCUCAUUCCCAUGAAGAACCUGUCAGAGAAGGCCGAGAUCCUAUUGCCCCGGCCUGCAGAAGGACACACCUCACCAACCGUGUUGAACUUGACCGGGGCCAAGGUUCUUUGGGUGAAUGUGACCACAAGGGCAUCAGCUCUGGGGAUCCGGCUGCACUGGGGACCUGGCAUCCCACUCACGCUCAGCCUGGGCUAUGGCUACCACCCCAACGCCACCAACCACGAGGCCCAAACCUGCCUGACACCAGCGGCUGCUCCAGAUGAGCCAGCCACGUGGAUCCUGGGCCCGGAAGAGCUGCCCUUCAGGGCAGGCGUCUACUACCUGAGUGUGGCCCCCGAGUCUGGCCUGGAGCCCGCCCCUGUCGAGGACCUCACCGUUAGGGUCACCACCUUCCUGCCCCACUGUGUGUUCUGGGAUGAGGUCCAGGAGACUUGGGACGACUCUAGGUGCCAGGUGGGGUUGAGGACCAUGCACUCAAGGAUGCCCUGCCUCUGCUGCCACCUCACCUUCUUUGGAAGCACCUUCCUGGUGAUGCCCAAUGUGGUCGGCGUCCGCCAGGCGGCAGAGCUCUUUGCCACCUUCGAGGACAACCCCGUGGUGGUGAGCGCUGUGGGCUGCCUCUGCGUGCUCUAUGUGCUGGCGCAGAUCUGGGCCAGGAGGAAGGAUGUGCAGGACCAGGCCAAGGUGAAGCUCACAGUGCUGGAGGACAACGAUCCCUUUGCCCAGUACCACUACCUGGUAAGGGUCUACACCGGGCAGUGGCGAGGGAUGGCCACCUCCUCCAAGGUGACCAUCACCCUGUACGGCCGGGAUGGAGAGAGCAAGCCGCACCACCUGGAGGGCCCUUUGUCCCCUGGGUUUGAGCGUGGAGGAGUGGACAUCUUCCUGCUGUCCACCCUGUUCCCCCUGGGGGAACUGUGGCCCCUCCGGCUGUGGCACGACAACUCGGGAGACUGGCCGUCCUGGUUCGUGAGUCAGGUGCUGGUCCAUGACCCUGCGACGGGCCAGAAGUGGUAUUUCCUCUGCAACUCAUGGCUGUCCAUCGAUGGGGGAGACUGUGUCCUCGACAAGGUGUUUCCCGUGGCUGCAGGGCAGGACAGGAAACAGCUCAGCCAUCUGUUCUUUAUGAAGAUGUCCACAGGCUUCCAGGAAGGCCACCUCUGGUACUCCAUCUUCAGCAGCUCAGCUUGGAGCCGCUUCACGCGGGUCCAGAGGGUGUCCUGCUGCUUCUCCCUGCUCCUCUGCACCAUGCUGACCAGCAUCAUGUUCUGGGGGGUCCCCAAGGACCCCGCUGAGCAGAAGAUGGACUUGGGUGACAUUGAGUUCACGUGGCAGGAAGUGAUGAUCAGGCUGGAGAGCUCCCUGCUCAUGUUCCCCAUCAACCUCCUGAUCGUCCAGAUCUUCCAGCAUGCCUGGCCUCGGGGUGCGAAGGCACAGGAUGCUGGGACCCCCAGCCCAGCCCCGUCACCACAGCCCCUAGACGAUGGCCUUGUGACACCUGAAGCAGUGACCAAGGACACAUGGCGACUCGUCAGCUCGCUGUGCAGAGCCCUGAAGCUGCCGCCCCCGGCCUCGGGCUGGGACUCUCUGAGCUCGAUGGACAUCAACACGCUGCUGGCCUUGGUGGAGGACGUCAUUUGCCCUCAGAACCCAGUGGACCGGGGCUGCCAGGAGGAAGCCAGGGAGAGAGAGGAUCCUUUCAGCCUGGCCCUGGAGUCUGCGCCAGUGGAAGGUGCGUGCUGCACAAGAGCAGUGGCUCCUGGGGCAGGUGGAGACGCUCGGGUCAUGUCUGCGUCCCUGGCGGGAGGCCUCGUGCUCAGCCUCCCCCGCAUCCACAGCCCUCCCUGCCCACACCGAAGGCGCCUGCCAUCCUCACAGUGCUGUACCAAGCACAGCUGUUCUCGGGCCUUCUUCCCCUCUCUCUGCCUCAGCCUUCACUCCUGCUUGGGGGUGCAGGACCUCUGGUCAGUGCCCUUUGUCCCCUCUGCCUCCCUCGAGUUUGCCCUGCACCUGGCCAUGGAAUGGAACGUGGGAAGAGUGUUUAAAGUCUGCCCCAGCCGACCUCCUGCGGUGGGGACCGUGCCUGCAUCUCCCAUCUCUGUGGCCUCUCCUGUGACCUGGAUGGGCCACCUCUGGGCCUUGGUUCCUCUUCCUGCAAAGUGUCCAAAGUGUAGGCUAUGCAGAUCCAGCUGCCAGCGUUCAGAGCAGCACCGCCACAUGGGGCCUCCGGGUGAUGGACACACCCUGCAGCUCAGCCUGAAAGGCAUGGGUCCCACAGGCAGCUGGGUCAGCACCUGCCAGUAUGGCACAGUGGAAACAGCUGCUGAUGCCAGCAAGCACUGGAUCCUCAGGCUGCCAACACAGCCUGACCCACGCCUGCUGUGGGGACUGCCGGUGUCCUUCCUCAUAGGUCCCUGUGCCUUCUUCCGGGCACGAAGACACAGCAGCAGCGACGUCUACCAGCCCCCUCUCCCCGCCACCAUCGAGAAGAUGAAAGCCACCUGGCUGAAGAAGCAGAAGGCGUUUGCCCUCAUCACGGAGACCCUGGUGUACCUGGGCUUCCUAUGGAUGCUGCUGCUGGUGGCCUACGGGCAGCGACCAAGUGCCUACCACUUCAACAGGCACCUCGAGCGAAGCUUCACCAGAGGCUUUUCAGACGUGCUGGGCUUCCAAGAGUUCUUCGAGUGGGCCAACAGCACCCUUGUGAACAACCUGUACAGUCUGCACCGAGGCUUCCUCACGGAUGGGAGCUCCAAGCUGGUUGGCAGCGCCCACAUUCGCCAAGUGAGUGUCCGGGAAAGCUCCUUAGCUCCUUCCCUCUCCCCCUGCAGCUUCGGGGCUUCGCUGCACGGAUACAUGCCGGAUGCCCGUGCGCUGUAUUCCCUGGAGGAGGAAGACCGGCCGGCCUACAAUGGGGAAGGCUGGAACACCUCCGCCCUCAACAGCAGCACUCGCUUUCCCCAGGCCUGGCAGUACCAAGACCAGAGCCAGCGCCAAGGCUCCCCAACAUGAGGCAAGCUGGCUCUGCACCCCAGAGGAGGCUACGUGGUCCCUCUGGGGAGAGAGCGCCAGGGCGCGGUGAGAGUCCUCCACUAUCUCUUUGACCACACCUGGCUGGACACCCUGAGCAGGGCCGUGUUUGUGGAGUUCACUGUCUACAAUGCCAGUGUCAACCUGUUCUGAGUCGUCACCCUCACGCUGGAGACCAGUGGCCUGGGAACCUUCUUCACCCACGCGGCCCUGCACAGCCUCCGCCUGUCCCCCUUCACCGACGCCUGGCGGCCCUUUGUGUUGGCAGCUGAGCUCCUGUACUUCGCCUUCCUCCUCUACUACAUGGUAGUGCAGGGCCAGCGCGUGCGGCAGCAGAAAUGCGGCUAUUUCUGCAGCAAGUGGAACCUGCUGGAACUGGCCAUCAUCCCGGCCAGCUGGAGCGCCCAGGCCGUGUUUGUGAAGAGGGCCGUCCUGGCGGAGCGCGACCUCCAGCGCUACCGGAAACACAGGGAAGCUUAAAUCGACCUUGUCCCCUGUCCCCCGCCCUCCGCCGCCCUUGGAGACAUCAUUGCCUUCCUGAUCCUCCCAUCCACAGGGAAGCUUUGGCAUCUGCUUAGGUUAAACCCCAAAAUGAACCUGAUCACAUCAGCCCUACACCACGCCUGGGGUGACAUUUCGGGCUUCAUCAUCGUCAUCCUUGUCAUGCUCCUGCCUUAUUCCAUCGCAUCAAACUUGAUGUUUGGUUGGAAACUCCAUUCCUACAAAACCCUCUUUGAUGCAGUGGAAACGAUGAGCCUUCAGCUAGGAAUCUUCAACUAUGAGGAGGUCCUGGACUCCAGCCCAGUGCUUGGCUCCUUCCUCAUUGGGUCGUGCGUCAUUUUUAUGACGUUUGUGGUUCUGAAUCUGUUUAUCUCUGUCAUCCUGGUGGCCUUCAGCGAGGAGCAGAAACGUGCUCAGCUGUCAGAGGAAGCAGAAAUUGUGGAUUUGCUCCUGAUGAAAAUACUCAGUUUCCUGGGCAUCCAGUGCAAAAGAGAGGUGCCUCAGAGUGGCCCUGAGCAGCCCUUGUUGCCCUUCACAGCUCGGUGCCCUGGGCCAGCACAAGCUUCACCUGGGAUUUAAGCUGCUCACCCACUGGAUCAGCUGGGGCUGUGCUUCCCAGGGAGGCGGGCGCCCCUCCGGGAAUCAGGCUUUGUGUCUGUGGAUGAAUCACUAAGCCCAGCAAAUAGAAAAGUAAGGACACAUGCAUCCUAAAAUUGGCACUGCCUUGAAAGCCUGUUUGUGCACAUGUUUCCUCCUACAAAUAAAAAAAAAAUGAUAUGGAAAGUAA